AUGGGAAAAGACUUUAGGACACCAGAAAAAGAGAACGCGCCUCUAGAGGGCCAUGCCAGCAGCGGGUCUAGCAUAUAUGCAACCGCCCAACCCGAAGAUAGCAGAGAGGGGGGCGCAGAAAAGGCCAAAAACUCCUCCGGGCUUAUUCUGGAAAUGAAAAAUUAUGGGCUAGAAACCAAAAAGGGGGUUUCCAUUCUGAAGGGCGUGUCGCUGUCCAUCCCGAAAGGAAAGAUGGUGGCGAUGAUUGGGCUGAGCGGAGACGGGAAGAGUACCCUGCUUGAGGGAAUGGCCGGGCACUGCAACCCGUCCCACAAAACAUAUGGAGAAAUCCAUGUUGAAGCGCUGGACGGGACGUUUGGGCGGAGAGACCUAAUGGAGUGGUUCUCCCGCGUGAACUAUGCGGAGCAGGCCUCCAUAAACUACGAAGCCAUUCCGCUGUAUGUUAUUCUCUGCUCAAUUGCCGCGUGCUGCGGAAAAACCUCCCAGGACGUGGAUGGCUAUUUGGACCUCUUCAGAAUGUCAAGGUCAAAGAAAACCCUCUGCAAGAAUCUGUCUGGGGGAGAGCAAAAGCGGGCAAUGGUCAUUGCAGGGCUGCUCAACUGCAAGGAGUUCAACAUAUGGGACGAGCCUCUUUCGGGGCUGGACUCAGAGCUUGCCAGAGUGGUGCUGGCAACGAUGGCCAAUCUGAAGACAACACACCUUUUGACGGUGC